AUGAACUCCACACAUAUGUAAGACUAAAGUAAAGUGGGCUUUCGAGAGAUAUUAGGACAACGGUGGAUCGCAUGAAUGAUACUCAUACCGGCCAACAUCAGCUUGCUUGUCUUAUUUUGCAAUUUGACAAGCUGACCUAAGUAAUAUCAUAUUAUUAAAAGAAGACUUAGAUGUUCCAGUAAAUGAUUCCCGCAUUUUUGUGUGUACCUAUCCUGAGAAAGAUAUAUCUAGUUUUGGGAAUUAAAGCGGCUUCAGCCGGCGCUGGGCAGAUAUGAUGCUGCAUAGGGUCGGGUGUACUUAUCUGAUUAUGACAGAUGUUCAUAUUGACCCAACUGUGAAAAACUCGGCGCCUCAGUUGGGUCAAUAUGAAUUAGUCAAAAUCUGCCAAAAUAUCAAUGAAUUACGCGAGCCUGGUAGUCAUCUGGUGGAUUCUAGGUGAAUUACUUAGGAAAUCCUGCUUGAGCAGUCAACUUACUGUAUCAGAUUUGGUGGAUUCCAGACGUUGCAGUAGGUUGGGCGGGUAACUUGACCCAAAUGUGAUUAAACUCGCGUCGUCCGGCGGGGCCUCGUAGCUCAGGUGGUUAGAGCGUUGGCUGUACUAAAGCCUUCCCCCUUACUGCGUGGGUUCGAAUCCCACCGAGGCGCCGAGUUUUUCACAGUUGGGUCAAUAUGAAUUAGUCAAAAUCUGCCAAAAUAUCAAUGUAUGACAGAUGUCUUUUACAUUCCUGACCAAGUGCCUUCCUAUUAAAAAUCGUUUCUAGCCGAGACGGCUACUUGCGGCUUCAUGUGAGAGUUGUUGUUGCAUGACGGGCACCAGAACUCAUGUAAAGUGAUAGGGAAUGGGUGAGGCCUCUCCAGUUGAAUAGAAGGUCUCAUGAGCCUGCGCCUACCUCUUCGCGGAACUCAAUUCUGCACCAUAGUCAGGUCGGAAGAAGAAGAAGAAGAAGAAGAAGAAGAAGAUACGAUCGCAGGCACAAGAGGUUUAGUGGCCCGAUGUUUCGGAUUCUCACCCGAACCUAGCAUCAGAGACAGUCGCAGAUAAAGAAGGUGGUUGCGAAACGAGUGCAGUAUUUAUUGGCCGCAGUUGCGAUGCGGCCACAUGCCUACUUUAAUUUGCAGUUGCGCAGUCAUCGUUACGACACGUAAUUGAUGCGAUGAUGACUUGUUUGUCUGCAAUCGAGUCGUUAGUUGUGGAUUCUUGAUGUGAUAAUUACUCGGCAAAUAGGAUCGCUUUGAUUGGAAAUGUCGGUCGCCUGCUCGUCCCUCCGCACGGGUAAUUACUCUAACCAGUCGAAUUCUCGGCACAGAAUAUGGAACCGGGAGGUUAUUGCGCUUGCUGUUCGACUGGGGGUCGGAGAAUCAUGACUCAGGCAGCUCGCGGCUCACGCGGUUGUCACCUCUUGCGAUAAUUUCGGCCUCAUCAAACUUGAAGAUAUGGCUGGGUUCAGUCGAAUGAGCCGCGACUUGAGUUAGCGUCAUUCCUCACUGCUGCUGUUGCUGUUGCUGCUGCUGCUGCUGCUGCUGCUGCUGCUGCUGCUGCUGCUGCUGCUGCUGCUGCUACUGCUACUGCGUCUGCUACUGCUGCUGCUGCUGCUGCUGCUACUGCUACUGCGUCUGCUACUGCUACUGCUACUGACGAAUGGCGGUGUUAG